UAUUCUCAUUACAAGCAGUUAAAGCAGAUUUACCUCCGACAUCCUGAACAAAGUAAGUAGCCAAAGUCACCCUUUAAAUUUUGUUUUGUCGCCUUUUUGAAAAUGGUUUAAGGGGAGCGAAGCAAAAGAUGUUUAAGAUAAUUUCUUGCCUUCGUUCGUAGGGCAUAGUAACUGAAAACUCUUCUCCAGCUAAUUCAUAUUUUAAAUCAAUUGAAGAAGCGACUAGUGUUCUGGUGGUCCCACAUACCGAAGAACUGCGGGCUUCUGACUGUUAGAGAUCCCUUGUACACUGCAUGACAUUGCCUGCUCAAUCAUGCCAGAACAAUAGGACACGAAUCUUCAUUCAUUCCGGCUUUUUAAAAUAUUUCACAGAUGAUGAAAUUAACAGUAGCAGUUUUAUUGGCCUGCAUGGUCGCAUCAUCAUUCGCUGGUAUGUACGGUGGUUUAGGAAUGAUGGGUGGUCUCGGUAUGAUGGGUGGUCUCGGCAUGAUGGGAAUGUACAACCCUAUGAUGAUGGGUGGCAUGUACAACCCUAUGAUGAUGGGUGGCAUGUACAACCCUAUGAUGAUGGGUGGUAUGUACAAUCCUUACAUGAUGAUGGGAGGCUACCCUAUGAUGGGAGCUGGUAUGCUUGGAGGUAUGCCUGGUAUGAUGGGUGGUAUGUAUGGUGCCGGAUUCAACUUCCCAGGAGCUACUGCUGAUCCUAAUACUAAUGCCCAGAACAUUAUCUAGAUAUAGAUAUGCGAGUAAAUUUAUAAUGGCAGCCAUUGAAUUAUAUAAUAUACACUUGCACAGGAAUAAAGAACUUCAUGUAUAUGUAA